CGGAAGACCCACGUCAGUUGAAAUUCAAAUAUGGCGAAAGUCUUUUCAGAGAAACAGAUCCUCACCGAUAUGUUGCUCCUUUACAAAGAGAGACCAUGCUUAUGGAAUCCGAAUAACGAGAAUUACAACCACAAGUUCAGUAGAGAACACGCUUUCAUGGAAAUACUAGAGAAAUAUCAAACGAUAUGUGAAAAUGCAACUAUUGAAUCAGUAAAAAAGAAAAUUGACCACAUGAGAUGUGCGUAUAGACGCGAACGCAAAAAGGUUUUAGCUGCUAGAGAAAUAGGAGAAAUACAUCGGCCUGUUUUAUGGUAUUUCGACCAUCUAACUUUUCUGAAUGACGACGAGGACUUGAGUAACUCCAAGCUUGAUACAGUCACUUAUUUGCAAGAAAAUGAGGACGGCAAUUACGAAUUUGAAGAGGUUCCAAAGAAAAGAUCAAAGUUAGAGGAAAUACUACUGUCCACACCAAUGUCUCCUCCCCAGAUUGGCAAUGAGAACACAAAUGAUCUAGUGAAGGAGGAACAAGAAGACUCCGUGGCCAAACAAGAGUCGGAAGCGUUUGGAAGAACAAUCGGUCUUCAGCUUAGGGAAUUAGACCACACGCAAAGAUAUAUUGCGGAAAAACUAAUUUCAGAAGUUAUUUUCUACGGCCGAUUAAAUCAAUUAAGAACUGAUUCUUCCAUUGUUACAGAUUAG